AUGGCGGCAACCUCACCGGCAGAAAACGCCUUGGUGAUUCUGUAUUACUUGUACCCAGCUCUGGUUUUUACCUACUUUUUCUCCGCCUCCCUUGUCUCGGCUUGUACAGCCCACUCCUCUCAAAAGGAUGAACACAAGAGAAAACGCCCAAACGGCACAUUUAUACUCACCCUCUACCUUCUGUGCAUUCUAACAUACGCCGCACAACUUUUGCUGCUUGGUAUACAGGCUGCCCUUAUUCGAGAAUGGCCAACUGAAGAUCACAUCAUCAUUGGGCAUUUGGCAUGCAUUCUGGCGUUCGGGAUUCAACUCACCCGUUGCCUUGACGCUGAACAUGGGCCCUUUUAUCCUUUUAUUGGUUCAUGGGCGCUUGGUUUGUCUUUUGAUGCUCUCAUCGCGUCAUUGUCUGCAGCAAUGGGAUUGCUCUCCCCGUUCAGCAUCUCCAGUACUCUAAACAUCGUUAGUAUCAUCGUUCGAUGUUUUUCUUUCGUGUCUCUUGCAGGCCUGUUCACUCUUGGUACAUCAUCUCGGGCGGAAUCAGACGAAGAACGGGAACCAUUGUUACCCAAAGCUACAACCACCUCACCCAGUACUCCAACUAGUCAGGAGUCUGGGUAUGGUUCAACGCUUCAGGCCGAGGAAGAAGAAGACGAGGCCCCGGAGUAUAGCUGGGAACGCCGCGAGAGAGAGGCCAAAGAGGCUAUGAAAAAGAGGCUUGAGGAAGGUGGCAACUGGUUUGAGUAUGCGAAAGGCUUCAAGAUUCUCUUCCCAUAUGUGUGGCCUGUUGGCAACGUCGGCCUACAGCUUCGUGCAGCAACCGUGUGCCUGUGCCUAUUCGCAUCCAACGCUCUCCACCUUCUGAUUCCCCGUCAGACCGGCAUCAUCAUGGACAGUUUGAAUGGUUCUGGUAGUCACAACCCUUGGAUCGCAGUCAUCAUAUUCGCUGCACUCCGUUUGGCUGCUUCUGAAUCCGGUAUCGAGCUUAUUCGCCAGUGGCUAUGGGUUCCUGUCAAGUACUACUCCCAUGACGCACUGACACGAGCAGCCUACUCCCAUAUGAUGCACCUCUCAGCAGAUUUCCACGAUUCGAAGAGUUCGUCGGACAUGAUGAUGGCUAUCUACGGAGGCAGUGCGGUGUCCAAUGUCGUCGAGAAUGUUUUGCUUUAUGCUGUUCCUAUGCUUAUCGACAUGGGUGUCGCCAUUGUCUAUCUCUCUAUUACCUUUGGCCCAUAUGAAGGCCUUAUUACAGUGGCCACCGGCGUCUUCUUUCUUCUCAUCGCCAGUAGACUCGUGGCCAACUCCAAGGCGGCCAGCCGGAAUCGGGUCAAUGCACUAUACGAGGAACACUAUGUGCGCCAGUCCGGUUUUCUUGGGUGGCAGACUGUCAGUGCAUUCAACCAGAUUGGUUAUGAAGAUAACCGACAUGCCAAUGCAGUCACCAAUCGUUGGCUUAGAGAACAGCAAUACGUGUUGGGGUGGUAUGUCUCUAUUGGCUUUCAGACUCUGGUCCUCACAUCUGGUCUUCUUGCUAGUGCAUUCCUCGCUGUUUACCGUAUCAAAGCCGGCCAUGCAACUCCUGGACAAUUCGCGAUGCUCUUGAUGUAUUGGGCACAGUUGACGUCGCCGCUUCAAUUUUUCGCAAAGCUGGGUAAAAAUGUAAGUGACGACUUCAUCGAUGCUGAACGCCUACUGGACAUCAUGAGAACCCAGCCUUCGGUUGAGAACCAAAAAGGAGCCAGGCCGUUGAAAUUCGUCGCUGGCGAGGUGGAUUUUGAACAAGUUUCUUUCAGUUAUGACAAAAAGAAGGGAAUUAUCAAAGAUGUCAGCUUUCAUGUCCCUGCCGGACAAACGGUUGCUUUCGUUGGGGCUACAGGAGCGGGAAAAUCAACCCUCAUCAAACUGCUGGAUCGGUUUUACGACGUGGGCGAGGGCCGUAUCUGUAUCGAUGGUCAGGAUAUCAGAGACGUUGAGCUGUUCAGUCUUCGGGAUCGCAUUGGGGUCGUUCCUCAAAGCCCAAUUCUGUUCGACGAUACAAUCAUGAACAACGUACGAUAUGGGAGAAUCACAGCAACCGAUGAGGAAGUAUACGAUGCAUGCAAAGCCGCAUGUAUCCAUGAUAAGAUCAAAGGUUUCACCCACGGGUACAAGACACGUGUUGGAGAGCGUGGCGUGAAAUUAUCUGGUGGCGAACUUCAGCGCAUUGCCAUAGCCAGGGCAAUGCUCAAGAAGCCGGAUAUUGUUCUUCUCGACGAAGCUACCAGCGCGGUAGACACAGACACCGAGCAACAAAUUCAGGUCUCUUUUAAAAGAUUAUGCGAGGGCCGGACUACUUUCAUCGUUGCUCACCGUCUUUCUACAAUUAUGAACGCAGACCGAAUUAUUGUGGUGGAGAAUGGCGAAAUUCUCGAGCAAGGCAAUCACGACGAACUUAUCGUUGCUGGAGGAAGAUAUGCGGAUCUUUGGUCCAAGCAAGUUUUUGUGCGAUCCAAGGAUGAAGACAAGAACACCUCAUCUGAUCAAGCAGGAUUUGUUAAUGACCUAUCCUCGGAGCAGACCAAGGCUGAACUUUCGAAGGUUAAGAAGCCGGCAACAGCAGCUAGCGAACAAGGGAAAUCGUCCAAGGCACAAGGCAGUGAGGAACAAGUCACCGAUACCCCAACGCAAAAGCAAGAGGGAAACCGAUUGAAUCCUGUCGCCGCUACGUUUACCCCCAGAACGCUGGCCAAGGCUAGGCAACUAACGGUGACUGAGACCUCCGAAGCAUCGACCAUAUCUACUGCAGGAAAUGAGCCGAUGAACUUAAGUUCGCAAACUAGCCGACAAUGGUCUGAUGAGGUUGCCGAGCAGGAGGAAGAGGCCAAGAAGCAGUCGGGGAGUCGAGCUUCUCAAGACAGCGAUCACAUGGCACCACGAGAUACAUGUUCCAACAAAAAGAAGAAGGCUUUUAUUGCAGCGGUCGGUCGUGCUCUGAAGAAUAAACGUGCAAGUCUUGUUGAUGCUGGUGAAAACAUGCAGUGUGAGUUUACGAGUUCGAUAUUUGGAGCUUUACUGAUCUUUGAAGCCACUGCCACAGUUGCAAAUGAAUCCAACGCCACCAAAAAGCAGCAAGAUGCUACAGAGGACCAACGCGUCGAAUACAAGCUUCCGUAUUAUUCCCGACGCAACCAAUCCAAGAGCGAGCCGUCGCAGGGGUCACACGGUUCGGACGAACCUGACACGGAUGGUGCAGUCUUGACUUCUGCCAUUGAGGGGCCAGUGUCUCCGAUGCGUCGCCGUGUUACACUGCCUCCUAUGAAGGUCGUUACUAGAUCUCAGAUUCCACUACCCACUGAGGUUAAGCAAGAGAAAUUAAUGACUGCACAGAAGCCGACUGAUCACUGCAAGAACCUACCCCAAGGAUCGUCUGCAAAAAGCUCGGAUCGAUCAACACAACAUAACUUGCGAACCAUCGAACCAAGCACAUCGGCACAACUUGAGGUUUCGCAAGAGAAAGACGAAUUGCCUGCACAAAGCACUAUUGAUAACAGCGUCAAAUCCAACCACGCCGAGUUGCCAGAACAAGGCAAGGACACAAUUACUUCCAGACCACGUCGGGGUGGACAUAGAGGCCGAAGAGGGCGUGCCUCUUGGUCUCGUGGCCGACGUGGCCGAGGUAACUAUCGGGGAGGCUCGCCAAACAGACAGGCGGCCUGA